AUGUCGACACAGCCAGGCCAGUUCCUCGCUGGAAAGCGCAUAAUCAUCGCCGGCGGGAGUUUUGCAGCACUCUCUUUCAUUCUUGCGUUGAACAAACUAUGGAACCCUUCCCUCAAACAUCCCGAGAUCAUCAUGUAUGAGCGCGAUGAUCGCGACAAGUCCAUUGAAAAAGACCCAUACACGCUAAACAUUAACGGAUUCAGCCAAGACGGCGGCCUGGUCGCCAUCCGAGAUUUAGGCUUAUUGGAUGAGGUGUGUAAGCAUGGAACACUCAACAGCGGCGACAUUCGUGUCUGGUCCGACAAUUGGAAGUGGCUUUCGUCCAUCAACCCAAGUCCAUACGGUGACCUGCCUGCAGCAACCGUAAGGAUCACACGCGGCAAUCUGAAACGCAUUCUCAUACAAACGGCUGAGGAGACAAAGACAACCUUACAUUGGGGAUUGGCAUGUACAUCAGCCGAAUCUCUCCCGGAUGGAAAGAUUCGAAUCACGAUCUCAGAUGGCACAACACAAGACUGUGAUCUCCUUGUGGCAGCUGACGGUGCAGACAGCAGCAUGAGAGCAUGCUUUCGACCUAAUAAUAUGAAGACCGUGUAUGCCGGUGCAACUCAGAUAGGUGGAAUCUCGCGUCUCACCGGUUUGCUACCCAAGCCUAUUGACAAGGACUACGUCUUGCAGAUGUCUUCCGGUGAAGGUGUCUGCUGUAUCUACAAUCCGUUUGACGAAAAUACAAUUGCCUGGGCUGUUAGCACAAUCGGGCCGGAAAGAAAAGCUAAAACCAAUUUCACUAGCGAAGAGUUUGACGCCCUGAAAACUGAGGCUCUAAAGACAGCUUCAAUGUUCCAAGAACCCUUCAAAACCGUGGUGGAGGCCACCCUACCAGAUACAGCAUUCAUCCGCCCAGCUAAAGAGAAAUACGCUUUCCGACACGACGACUCCAACCCCAAAGGUGUCCUAUUCAUUGGCGACGCUAAUCACAUCCUCAGUCCCUACGAGUUUGUAGGCGCAAACCUAGCUCUGAAAGAUGGCUGGGAUUUGGCGGAGCAGAUUUGUCGGAAUGCUUCCAUGGAUGCUGCCGUUGCUUCUUAUGAUCGGAUCAGUAUUGCGCGCUUUGAUCCUGUUUUUAAAUUUUCGCACGAAAGGAUUGGGUUUGGGCAUGCGACAGGGAAGAAGUGGUUGUUUUAUAAAUAUGGGAUGGCUGCUCAGAGGAGGUUGAAGCAGGUUCACUAA